AAAGUUACACUCGAAACAUUUUGUUAUGGGCAGGGAUGCUGAUGUCUACAUGUAUUCAGCCAUUGUGAAUCUGCCAGAAAAUAACAUCAAAGACAAUCACUUUGACCCAAGCACAAACGCUGAGAUAAUAAUUACCACACUAGACAGAUCCAGUGGUAGCUUCUACUGCUGUGUCCUGUUCGAUAAUAAAAAGACUCUCUUGAGAAAUCGUGGGCAAAUUUAUUUUGAGAAUUAUGUGAAAAGUGGAUCUUUGAUAGAUUCAUUAACAGAAUACUUCUUUCCCAGGUAUUACAUUGCACGUCAGUUUCGUUGUAGAGUUCCAACAGAUUCUCCACGUUCGCGAUAUUCAUACAUUUCUUUAGCGUCGUCUAGAUGCUCCACGGACCGAAGGGAUUUUCUCCCAAUACUGCAGCCCUCAAGAGUUCCUGGCGGGUUAGCUUUAUGCGCCAAAGUCGCCCAUAGUGGCGGCCUAGACCCAGAGAAAGUCAUUGAAUGGUUUGAAGUUCAGCAACUACUCGGAGUGGAUAAAGUUUUGAUCUUUGAUCUGGGAAAUCCAGAAACAUUAAAUCGACCACCAAACAGGUCGCUGGGGGAGAAAUGGAAGAGAACAUCACAGUUUCAUCACGAUGAAACCAUGGCUGUGUUGGAAUGUAGGCAAAGAUUGGCGGGCUAUGACUACAUCAUCGGCCACGACACGGAUGAGUUUAUUAUUCCUAGAAGGGCUAUCACUCUCAAAGAUUUUCUGAAGGAGCAGCUACAAAAGGAGCCCAAAGCCGCCGGUUUCUACCUCUACACGCAGUUCUUCAUAACGACAUGGAAGCCAACAAACCCUGAAGAAGAUCUCAUGGUGAAACGUUACAGAGAGUCAACUGUACCUCUAUGGGAAGCCUACAAAUACGUGUAUCUGCCGUCUAGGGCCAAGAUCGCAACGACUCACCAGUUCUUUCCCAAGGAUGCUGAAUUUAGAAAGUGUAAGGUUUCCCCAGAGGCAGCGGUACUCCACCACUACCGAGAAUGUCCUCAAGACACUUGGGGGACAUGCUCUGUAGCAACACACACUGACAACAUUAUGGCCAGAUAUCAUGACCUCGAUGAGCGAGUCUUCACGGUCAGGAAUGCCACACAAACGCUACCUAAAUGGACAGCAAAACACCCAUACAGGGUUCAGUAG